UCUCAGACCGUUCAAUUCCAUGUGAAAGUACUUGAUAAACCAGGUCCACCAGAAGGGCCUCUUCAUGUCACAGGUGUGUCCAGUGAUAAAUGCACACUGAUAUGGCGUGCUCCACUAGAUGAUGGAGGAAACACUAUCACUCAUUACAUUAUUGAGAGACGGGAGACAAGUCGACUUGCUUGGACUGUAGUCUGUAAUGAUUGCAAAACUACAACAUACAAGGUGUCAAAGCUCCUGGAAGGUAAUGAAUAUAUAUUCCGUGUCAUGGCUGCAAACAGUUAUGGUGUUGGUGAGCCAAUUGAAGCACCAUCUGUAAUAAUGAAAGAUCCAUUUAGUCACCCUGGAUCACCACAAAUUAUCGAGGUAACAAAUAUCGCAAAGGACUCUAUGACUAUUUGCUGGAGUGCACCAGAUACAGAUGGUGGAAGUGAAAUUCUUGGCUAUAUCAUUGAGAAGAGAGACAGGUCUGGAAUAAGAUGGACAAGGUGCAACAGACAAAAAGUAACUGAUGUAUGUUUCAGAGUUCAUGGCCUAAUUGAGGACCAUGAGUAUGAAUUUAGAGUGUCAGCUGAAAAUGCAGCUGGAAUUGGAGAACCAAGCUUGCCAACUUCAUACUACAAGGCUUGUGAUCCCAAAUACAAACCUGGCUCACCUAUGCAUGCACACGUUGUUGAUACCACCAAGACUUCAAUUACAGUAGCAUGGGGAAAACCCCUUAAUGAUGGAGGAUGUGCAAUUCAAGGAUAUAUUGUAGAGAUCUGUAAAGCUGAAGAGGAAGAAUGGACUAUGUGCACUCCUACGGGCUUACGCGUCAACAAAUUUGAAAUCACAAAGCUAACAGAACAACAAGAAUAUAAGGUUCAAAUAUGUGCCAUCAAUAAAUUAGGUGUUGGAGAACCUGCAGUUAUUCCAGGGACUGCCAAGCCUGAGGACAAGCUGGAGACUCCCGAAAUUCACCUUGAUUCAGAGCUAAGGAAAGGCAUUGUUAUUCGUGCAGGAGGAUCAGUAAGAAUCAAUGUACCAUUCAAAGGUAGACCAAUACCAGAUAUAAAAUGGUCUAAAGAUGAAGGUGAACUUUCAGAAAAGACAAUACUUGAAAAGGGUGUUAACUUCACCCAGCUUUCAAUUGACUCCUGUGAUAGAAGGGACUCUGGAAAAUACACUGUGACUCUACAGAACAGCAGUGGCUCUGUAUCUGAAUUUGUGGCUGUUAAAGUGUUAGAUACACCUGGAGCACCACUAAACCUUGUAGUUAAGGAUAUCAAGAAUGACUCAGUUACACUUGUUUGGGAACCUCCACUUAUUGAUGGAGGUGCAAAGAUCAAGAAUUAUAUUGUUGACAAGCGUGAAUCCACAAAGAAAAGCCUAUGCAAAUAUAACAACCAAGUGCAGCAAAACAACUUAUAA